AUGGCAGCACAGCAGCCUUCAGAAGGCUCCAUUACCAUCGUCGGGACGGUUGGCACCUACCAGACCGAGAUCAAUUUCAAGGACUUGGGCGAUGACGAGAGCGCUGAGGUAAUUCCAGACCUCCUGGCAGAUUACCAGGCAGAGUGCAAGGACUGGACGGCAGUAGCUCGCGAGCACUGGCGCUGCGGGCGCUGGAACCGCGCCGAGGACCUGAUUCGGAGGGGUAUCAAGUUCUUUGCGAGCGGGCGACAGCCUGACCACAUGGCUCUCGUGAACUUGUAUGCCAUGCUCGGACACCUCCACCUCACACAGUCGCGCACCGCGCCCAAGACGGUGCUGCAGAAUGCCAAGUUCGAUGUGCUCCCUGGGAACGUCGGUACCAAGGAGUAUCACUACACUGAGGCAACAGCCAACUUUAACCGUGCCGACGAGGCGCUGCGAAGCUUUGGUACUGGGCCCGAGGAUGAGCCAGUCAGCGUCGCGAUGGGGAAAAUCAUCCUCUACCUCGCUCGCGGGCAGCCGGGUGUCGCGUCUCCACUUGUCGACAGGUUGUUGAAGAGGCAACCGAACAACCUCUCUGUGCUGAUGGCUCAUGCGCGGCUGCAGUUCGCCCGGCGAGAACACGACGCGGCGCUCGUGACGUACCAGAAGAUCCUGAGCCUCAGCCCAGACGUCCAGCCUGAUCCAAGGAUCGGUAUUGGACUCUGCGCAUACGUCCUCGGCGACAAGGAGCGCGCGCAUGCUGCGUGGGAGCGUGCCCAACGACGAGACUCAACGUCGUGGGCGCCACCCCUCCUUCUGGGCUUGUCUUCACUCAACAUGGCGCGUGACCCCUCCGUUCCCUUGCCAGAACGUGUUGCCUUCGAGUCCCAAGGCGUGGACAAAGUGUCUGCCGCGUUCCGUCUCAAUAACAAGAGCGCGGCUGCGGCCCUGGCUCUUGCUGCCGUCUGCACGUUGGGUCGCGAGGUUGAGAUGGCUUCCAAGCUGGCGGAACGCGCGAUCCAGUACUCGGACAAUAGACGCCAUUCGGUGCUGGCCAACUCGGAGCGCGGCCGCCUCGGCUUCAUCGCGGGCGAGCUCACUGACGCAGCUCGGUACAUUGGUGCUGCCAAGACCGAGGACCCCAACACCGUCAACGUUAUGGCCGAGUUGACGCUUGCCCAGAUUGCCAUCAAGAACGGCAAUCUUCGUGAGGCGCUCAACUUCGUGGAACAGACAGCGAAGCGGCUGAACGGCAAGGGCCCGCUCGAGUUCACCGUCCUGCAUGCGUCACUGCUUGCGUACCCACAUCUGGGAAUGCCGGCAGACGAGGCGGAGCGCAAUCUCAAGUCGGCGCGGACCAUGCUCGGCGAUGUGCAGAACCUCAUGUCCAACGCCGAGACGGAGGAGGACUGGGCCAAGCUGCGAGGCGUGGCCAACGACGCAGACGCUUUUGUUGAGCUCGCCAAGCUGUGGCAGAAGGAGAGCAUCGAGAAGGCGAUCACCUCAUAUCAGACCGCUAUUCAGAUCAAAGCGGAGGCUGAGUCGGACGACGCAGAGGACACUCAGGCCGAGUCGCAGGUGCGCACCAAGCCGGUCGAUUAUGACACCGUGCGCCUCUCGACCAACUUAGCGUCUCUGUACGCGUUACAGGGUGAGAGUGACAGUGCCGAGAGCAUGUUCCUUGAGGCGCUGCAGCGUCUCGCGAGUGCGAACGGGAAGGAGGCGGACGAGCUCAAGACGGUUUUGGCGUACGACCUCGGACGGGCGUGCGAGCAGGGUGGCGACACCGUCAAGGCACAGCAGUGGUACCGCGAUGUGCUGGGACAGCACCCCGAGCAUAUGGAGUCCAAGGUCCGCCUGGCCGUCAUCGCUCGCAUCGCUGGCCGCAACGUCGACGCACACAACUACCUUAAGGAGUGCCUGCGUGCCGACGAGACGAACGUCACCUUGCGAUCGGUCUACACAAACUUCCUCAUCUCCCUGGGGUCGUACAAGGAAGCGCUACAGUUCACGUCCCAAACCCUCAAGUACGAGCGCCACGACGUGUACACGUUCACCGCUCUAGGGUGGCUGCACUUCAACGUGGGCCGUGAGGCCAAGUCGCAGCAGGACGUCGCGGAACGGUCAAAGCAAUAUCUUCGCAGCGCAGAGGCGUACGAGCGCGCGCUGAGUGUCGACCCCACGAACGCCAUUGCCGCGCAGGGUCUCGUGAUCGCUCUGACCGAGGACACUCUUACUCCCAAGGCGCUGCAGGUUGCGCCGGGAAGCGUCGAGGAGAUGAAGAAUCGCACGCGCCUUGCGGGUCAGGCGCUGUCAGUGCUUGGCCGCAUCAAGGACUCGCUGCCCGAGGGUGCUGUCAAUGUCAACAUCGGCCACUGCUGCUUCAUCCGUGGUGAGGAGGAGCGUGCGAUCGAGGCGUAUGGCUCUGCAUUGAGUGCGGCCAACGGGCGGAGUGUGCCGAUCCUGCUCUACCUGUGUCGCGCGUGGUUCUCGUAUGCGAACAAGGAGACCAACUUCUCCGCCAUGGGACAAGCGCUGCACUAUGCGCAACGGGCCAUGCAUCUGCAACCCAGCGACCGGGCGAUCCUCUACAACAUUGCGAUGAUCCAGCAGAAGGCGGCUGAGAUUAUGCUUGGCCUCGAGCCUUCACGGCGUAUGCUCGACGAGCUCAAGCUGGCGUUGAAACGCGCCACCGAGGCUGUGGGCAUCUUCCGGGCGCUGGCGGACGACAAGACGCGCCCGCUCCCGUACGACCCCGAAGUGGCGGACCACCGUGCACGCUAUGGCGAGAGCCUGGUGCGGAAGGGCCCCGAGGCGAUCGCGACUCAGGAGGAGUUCGAGAGUGAGGCGGCAGCACGCGUAGAAGAGGCGCGUCGCAUGCGCGCAGCUGAGCAGGAGCGCAUCACCGCUGCGGCUGCAGCGCGGCAGGCAGAGAUCGAGGAGCGCGCAGCUGAGAUCACGGAACAGCGCCUCAAGGCACGCGAGGAGGCACGCGCGUUCCACGAGCAGCUGAACACUCAGAUCCGCGAGGAGGAGGAGCGCAAGGCCGAGCGCAUCGAGCAGCGCAAGCGGCGCAAGGACGCCGACGGCGUUGUCGAAGACGGCGAGGAGCGGCCCCGCAAGCGGGGCAAAAAGGGAGGGAAGAAGAAGAAGAGGAAGGACGAGUCGCAGGACGAGGACGAAAUCGGCGAGAGUGCGCCCCUGAGUGCUGCCGACGACGAUGAUGACGACCCCGAGUCCGGACGACGGCGCGCACAGGCACGACUUGCGGCAUCUCGUGCUAAGAAAUCUAAGAAGAAUCGGCACGAGGACCCGGACGACGAGGAGGACACUGGUACGCGACGUGGGAAGCAGUUCAAGUCCAAGGCAAUUAUCGAGGACUCGGACGACGAGGACGAGGACGAGGAAAUGGCGCCGACCGCUCCGUCGCCUCCUUCGACACCCGGGGCCGGGUCCGACGGCGACGAGUAG